GAGGUGAGAAAUCAACCCGCUUCAAUGUCAUGUUCCACAGGUGUAGGAAACAGGAACUGCCAGCACGGAGCACCUAGAACCCGAGCCUGGCUUUCCCACACGGUUUACACAAUGCCUUCUGGUCUCGGGCCUCGCCCCUGAGUUGAAUAGAGGGUCUCCUAGCUUGAACUAGUGUGUACGGCUGUGACAUGACCACCAGCCUCAGAACCUGCCUGCCCCACAUGCAGAAGUGGAGACGGUUUCCUUUGCAAUGCAUGCUCGGUGACAUUUCAAAGGGCAUCGAUCAACUAGUCGGAAAAGCAUGGGGAGUUGCCAAAGUCGCUCAGGGCAAGACCCCCCACCCCUCUAUCUCAUAUGGGGGAAGGGACAAGGCCGAGUUCAGAGCAGGGCAUAGACACAACUUGGCCAACAUACUUGUCCUUUCACCUGGCAGCUGUCCAGCCCCCAAAUAGCCUGUGUGUCUAGUCCAAAAAUAAAUCACAUGAGAGGCGAAAUAAAAGUGCAUGGGCUCUUGGCCUUGGCCUUCUGUAGCCAUACUAGUACCAGCCAGUCUUCCAGGGGCUGGAGAGGGUGGCCCUGAGACCCCUUUCUGCUGCCUUCCUCCCAGGGUCUCCAGGCCAGGAAGCUACCUGUUAAGUGGCCAGUGGGGUGUGUGGUUUCACCCAGCCUUUCCCUUGGGGGUCCCCUCAGCUCCAUUCACACCAGAGAGAGAAGCGGAGAGGACAACAGCCUCCCGGGGAUAAAGGCAUCGCCUGCCUCCUUUUCUGGAUGGACACUCCCUUCUCCUGGUGAAUGGAAACUCCCUUUCUCAGCAGCCUGCUUGCAGCGUCCUGGGAGCCCAGUGUGAUCUCAGCGGCUGCCACCACCCCAAAAGGAAAGGCUCCCACAACAGAGACUGAGAGCUGCAGUAAUCCUGAGGUUCAGAGAGCCGGCUGGAGAGGCAGCCUCGGCACCGGAACCGUGACACCCAGAGCAAAGGCCACCAAGCGGAUCCCAGCCUCCUUGGGAGCAAGUGGAGUGAGAAUAGCCCCCAGCCUGACCGCCCUUCAGUCCUGAGAGUACCACCGCCCCGCUGCCGCUGAGCCAUGGCUGAAGGGGAGAUCACCACCUUCACAGCCCUGACCGAGAGGUUUAAUCUGCCUCCAGGAAACUACAAGAAGCCCAAACUGCUCUACUGCAGCAACGGGGGCCACUUCCUGAGGAUCCUUCCAGACGGCACGGUGGAUGGGACGAGGGACAGGAGCGACCAGCACAUUCAGCUGCAGCUGAGUGCGGAAAGCGCGGGCGAAGUGUAUAUAAAGGGUACGGAGACUGGCCAGUACUUGGCCAUGGACACGGACGGGCUUUUAUACGGUUCAACACCAGAUGAAGAAUGCCUGUUCCUGGAAAGGCUGGAAGAAAACCAUUAUAACACUUACACAUCCAAGAAGCACGCAGAGAAGAAUUGGUUCGUGGGUCUCAAGAAGAACGGGAGCUGCAAGCGUGGUCCUCGGACUCACUAUGGCCAGAAAGCAAUCCUGUUUCUCCCCCUGCCGGUAUCUUCUGACUAGAGGGAUCCGUCUGGGUGCUCCCUAUUUUGGUUGACCCUAAAAUGUUCCCUUGACCAUUGGCUGCGCUAACCCCAGCCCACAGAGCCUGAAUCUGUAAGCAGUGCUUCUAAUAGCCAGUUCACUUUUCUGCUGAGUCCUUUCCCCCCUGCAGCACAGUUUGGAACAGAGGGACCAAAUUGCUUCUAUGGGGCCAGCUGGCUGGUCAGCCUAGGUCUGGGUUUGGAUAUCCAGUUGCCUCGGGGUACCUGCUGCAGGCUGGACCUCACGACACAAAGAUGGGGCCAUGCGAAGCAUCCAGAGGGGUCUGAGAAGUUGGUCCUCAGUUCCAUGCUCUUUCUCCUACUGAGUAAGCCCUGGUUUGAGUACCCCAAGUACCUAGCAGGUCUACCCUUCCCCCUACCAGCACCCCACCGAUAUUAGUAAAGAAGUUGAUAGUGAGACUGGAGGAAUUCCAUGGUAGAGGCAGAAAUCCCCCACCCCCACCUGCAUGCACAGAGCUAAAACCAAAAGGGAGUGGCGUUUCCGUGGACAGUCUAGAAGCGUGGGGUCUCAGCACCAAGCAAAAGGUGAAGCUCAGCCCAGCAGUCAUUCCCAAGUCACCGAGGAAACAUCUACAGUCAGGGGAUGAGCCGUGGGUGCAGGAGCAGUGAGAGCUGUGGAUGCUGGCCUCUCAAAAGGGAGAUGUCAGACAUGAGGACAAGGAGAGAGAAAGCAAAGCCAUGAAUGACAUGGUGUGCUGGGCCACCAAGAAACAGGGGCUUUAGGGUCCCAGUAUGAUGGCCCCCAAAUCAUACAUACAUACAGAUCCUCUGAGGGUUUGAUUUGAAUAUAAAACCUGAUUUGACAAGGCUGGUGUGGGAGUUCUAUGUUUUAAAAGGGUUCCCAGGUCCACGCCGGCUUCCCCACCAUGCUUUCAAAAGAAAAAAAAUGUUAUUCAAACAAAGGUUGCUCAAACCGCACCCUCCUCUGCCUCCAACUGCCUGGGUCUCCCUGAAGAUUCAGGCAGUGUCCAUGGUAGUUAAGCAUGGUUUUAAGGCACUUUGGCCCAGUGCCCUAUAAAAUGCCCACUUAGAAGACAUAGAAAGUAUACUUCAAAAAAAAAAAACCUGUUAAACCUCACCAAUAGCUUUUCCCAAGAGACCAUUUCUGUUACCAUUAUUUCUCCAAACAGGCCUCCCCUUAAAGUAAACUUGGCCCAAGUGGCCAGCAAAUGAGAAACACUAUUCAUCUCUGACAUAUGACACAAAUGCCAUGAAAAGGCCUUUCAUACGCCAUUUCAGUAUACUGUGAGACUUUAUGUUUUUGUCGCAUUUUAUAUAGCUUGAAGGAAUUACAUGGAUUCUCAUUCAGCCACAGAGAAUGAUAAUAACUGCAUAGGAGGUAAGCUACUUAGUUCUCUAACACACUACAUUUAUUCACGAGGCUUUUCCUCUUUGUCUUCUACUGUGCUUUAAAAACAGGUAUCUAGGGGCUGGUGAGAUGGCUUAGUGGUUAAGAGUGCAUACUGCUCCAGCAAAGCAUAGGAGCUCAGUUCCCAGCUCUCACAUCCCUGUGCUCACACCUGGUUCUAACUCCAGGGACCUGCUGCCCUCUUCUGGCUUCCAGAGGUACUGCAUGCACAUGUACAAACACACACUCAGACAUGCACACUUUUUUUUUUUUAAUCUAAAGCAAUGAUAUGGUGGCUGUGGAUUAAAACCAAUGGCAGUGUUCACUUGUUUGACAAGGAUCUAAAGGAAUUAUUCCUU